GAUUCAUCUCUUUCUAGAUAUUAGAUUUUUUAGACCUUUCUUUUCGUUUCCUUCGACUCACCUUUUUCUUCUUUCUUACCUUCACAUCUCAUUUAGACGUUCCGUGCUCCCUGUGAUCUCUUGAUCCUGUCCCGCAUACGAUCUUGGCGAACGACAGACCUGGCGAUUCCCUUCGCUUCACCCUCCUCUGAACACACCUACAUACAUAUACAUACAUAUACACACAUAUAUAUAUAUAUCUUUCCCUUUUGUUUAGUGAGAAGACCUGUAAAGAUAAAAAGGUGCUUUCUACUAACGAUCACCGAGCAACGAGCAACGAGCCCGAUCAGAAUUUUAGAAGUAUUACUGGCUCAUUGCUUCUGCUGUCCGGUCUUCUCCCUCGUUGUUUCGCACGUCUACAUUUUUUUUCCUUGACCCGCUUAGACUCACCCCUUCGCUCUCUUUUUGCCGUUUCGUUGUUCUUGCUGUCGCUGUGCUUCCUCCGCUGCGUUACGUGGAUCAAAGCAUCAUUUACAUAUUCAACUCCUUUCCCUUUCACGAGACGCGGGAUCAACGCGUACACGUUAGAUUUUUCCCUUCCUUCUUUUCUUACCUUUUUUGUCUUUUCUUUUCUAGACCUAGUGCUGCGCCUGCGCAGCGGUGUUAUUGACGUUAGACUUGUUUGAUCACCCCUACGCACCGGCACGCUUUCUUUCCUUCCCCCUUUCCUUCCUUCUCACCUGCGUUCAGAGAGACAUCUCCACCCCCGAAUACGCAUUCGUUGACGCGAAGCUUGCCACCGCUGAAAAAGAAAAGAAAACAAUCAGGAGGCCUCGUCUUUGUCUCACGGUCGCUCUCCCCUGCGACCUUCAACCCAACACCUUGAGGCGCGAUCCUUUCUCUUAUUCUUCCACCCCACCGCUCAAGAGCGAGACUCAUGCCUGCGCAGACCGGCUUGCGUGAUUUGGGCCGCAACAAUGCGCCGGACUGGCGCGGCAUCGCUGCCAAGAAGGGUGCUGCGCCGCCCCUCCACCGCAGCUCCGCCAAGUCUGUCGUCCCCCCCGCAGCCGUCCACGCCACUUUCAUCAGCCCGCCGCGCAACACGCCGAUCUUGCCCGUCAGCAACUACAACAGCAUCAGCAAUGCGAGUUACGGGAGCGCUGCGGUCGACGUCGUGAACGGGGCUGCGGAGAGCGAAAACGCCAUGGUGCGCCAGGGCUGCAACGCUUGCCUGGCCAAAGCCGAGUACUCGCUGACCUCCGGCAACCUCCGCAGCAACCUCGACGCGUCUCUCCCGCCAGGUGGGACGGAGCUGCUGCCGUACGCGAAGUCCGCCGCCUGCGAGCGCGGGUCAGACCUGCGUUCCGUCAGCGAUGUGCCGGUCCUCUCGAUGGGCUGCGAGGAGGAGUCGCGGCGGCCCAUCACUGUGGCGCCCAUGGCGGGGCUGGCGAGUGCCCGCGGCCACGUCUGCGCCGUUCCGUCCGCCCCGCCGACGCCGUCCGCCUUCAUUGCGGCGGGUGCCACCGCUGCCGACGAGAUCGUGGCGGCCUUCCUGUCGACGUGUGUGGGCCGGGUGGCGGAGGCUGCCUGCACGCCGCAGGGCAAGACGCUGCUGGUGGCUGCGCUGGAGACGGAGCGGGAGGAGGUGCUGGUACCGGUGGUGGCGGAGAUCUGCGACGCACUGGGCGAGGUUGCCGUGGACGCACACGGCUGCCAUGUUCUGCGCACGCUCAUUGAGGCAUGCACGGCGGAACAGACGGAGGAGCUGAUGGCCGCCAUGUACCCCUCCGUCAUCUUGAACAUCUGCACCACCUCCCAGCACACUCGCCUCAGCCUACAGUCCUUGUUUGAGCGCCGGCUGGUGGAUUUGUGGCCGGUGGUGGAUGUUCUGGCCGCCAACGCCGGCUACCUCGCCGCGACGCAGCAGGGCUGCAUCUCUCUCAUGCGCGUCUUCGAGCGCUGCGACGUGGACCAGAAAUCCGCCCUCGUCCAUGAGUUGCUGCCAAAGUUCGCCGCCCUCUCAAAAGACAGCUAUGCAAACUACAUGGUGCAGUGCGCCAUCGAGCACACGGACCGCACCACCGCCGCUCAGUACGUUGUGCAGUUCUUCGCAGGGCACCUCCUGCAAAUGAGCUGUGAUAAAUUCUCGAGCAACGUGGUGGAGAAGGUGGUGCGCGUCUGCGGCGGUGUGCCGGCGGUGCGGCGCCUGGUCCUGGACGAGCUGGUGUACAACCCAGCUGCGUUGAAGGAGUUGGUGUCGGACGGCUACGGCAACUUCGUCGUGCAGUCCGUCAUCGAGGUGACGACCAACGCGAUGGAGCUGAAGCGGGUUGAGGACCGCCUGCGUCCGGCGCUGGUCGGCAGCCCCUUUGCGGCGAAGAUCGAGGCCAAGCUGAAGGCGAAGCGCCCAGGACAGCCACACGCUGCGACGAACGGCCACCACCAGCCACAGCACCCACUGCAACAGCCACUGCAGCAGCAUCGUCCCACCGCUUACAUGAACCGGAUGAACCAGGUGAACGUGUUCGGCCUCCCGGCCAGUGUGAACUCGCCGAUGCACCAAUGCGCGCCGCAGCGGUCUCCGUCGUACCGAAGGCCGGAGAGGCAGGAUAUCGCCUUGAUGCCGUUUACUGCUGCUGCUGCUGCUGCUGCUGCUGCUGCCAGCGUGUGCACCAACAACAGCGGCAGCUUUCGUCAUCGCCCCUACGAUGCGCAGGCGUUGCAAAACUUCCACGAUGCCAAUGCGCAGCUUCGCAACGCACCACUGGUGCAGGUGCCAACCGCCGGCUACUAUACGUUUCAGAUCGUGCAGGGACGCGGUGAUGGUGAUGCGGAUGGCGCUGUUGUCACUGCUGAGGGCGAGGUGGAGGACAGUGGUCCCGUUUACGGUCCUUCGCCGGCAGCUCGCCGCCACCUCCAGCAGCAGCAACAACAGUUCCGUCCUCCGUUUAAUGGAAUGCUGUAA